AUGAUAGAUCAAGUGUUAACACUUAGAUUAUGGGCCAAUAGGGAGGAUGCAACAAUCAAAGAGUCCACACCCAAUCACUUCUUGUUGGCCAUAAUGUUCUAUUAUGGAUUCAAUAGAUCACAAGGUCUAAACAUGGAGGAGCAUGCCAAACAUCUGGCCGCAUGCAUCGAUCAUUAUGAGCCUGCCAAGUGUUGGGCACAAGAUCAGUCGCCACAACUAAAGAACCAAUCACUGUGGAAGCGUGUGGAGUGUCCCGAUGGUCGUCUCGUGUCCAAGCAUCCCAUCCACGAGUUUCUGCACCAACAGCUUGAACUCGCCUCCUCUGCCUACGACGCCGACAACAACGACCCCAAUCUCAAGAUCCUGUUCGCCUCGCUGCACUACUGUCUGGCCGUGCUGCACAAGUAUCGAUGGGGCGUCGAAGAGGACAUCAACACCUCUGUCAAGCAUCUGUUCAUUGGCGCUGAACACGGUGAGAUACACGCCUCAUACCUGCUGGGCAUGGUGUACUACUUUGGCCUCCUGCCCGACCCCAACAAGCAGAACAUUGACCUGGGCGACUACCUCCCCCGGACAGAGUCCAAAUACCUCGACACCUCGUACCGCUACGUCGGCUUGGCCCACGACAUGGUGCGAUGUAACUACGUGCGCGCCAACCAGAACUUCUUUCUCGCGCGCAAGUUCAUGAAGCACGCAGCAGAUCGUGGUAUCAAACAGGCGAGGAACAUCAUUGCUCGCAUGUAUGUCAAUGGCGAGGCUGUACCUCAGUGCGCUCGAGUGGCUCGUGAGUGGUACAGCAAUGCCAAGGAACUUGGCAUCUUUGGUUACAACAAGAUGUUGUUCCAAGGCCGCUUCAUUAAGCAGGACUAUGAUGGAGUGAUCAAUGAGAAGGCCAAAGUGUCACAGGCAUUGACACUGCUCCAAUCAAUCAGUCUUGGAAUCAAAGGGCAGACGGAGGGGUCCAAGCAGCUGCUGGAGGGCAUCUCGUUGGACCUGCCCAAGAUCUUGGACCUGUUCCGUGAGACCUACCUUCCAACCAUCCCCUAUCGCUCUAUCGUCACCGAUCCAAGCAUAGUGAUUGAAGGCAACUUUGGUCGUAUUCAGAAAGCAAUGAUAGGUGAGAAGAUCUACGCCCUCAAGACACUAAAGCCAGAGAAGAUAACUGCAGCCAUGCUUCCAUCAUUCCAAAAGGAGAUAGAGAUAUCAAUGAGUCUGGAUCAUAAGAACAUUGUAAAGUACUAUGGCAGCACGAUCAUUGGACAUAUCAAGUUGGGCAUCCUUACGGGUAUACUUAUGGACUGGGUUCCAAACUCUUGGUCAAGUCUACUUAAGGAAGAGACGUACCGUGUGCGUAUCCAAUUGGAGUACGCCUUGUAUGUUGAUGGAGGCGGUGCUGUUCCAUCGAUCAUCAAGACACUCAAGGGUGUUGCACAGGGCAUGGAGUAUCUUCAUCUGAACGGUAUCCUCCAUCGUGAUCUCAGACCAAAGAACAUCCUUGUUGAGCAGGAUGACACUGCCAAGCUCUGUGACAUGGGUAUCUCAAUGGUUGCCAAUACCUCGGCCGCAACAUCGGUGUAUAGUUUUGCCAACAAGCAAAUCGAGCAGUCAACAUUAAUACAGAACCGAAAGGAGUUGGAUGUGUGGACAUAUGGAGAGCUGAUCAAUCGAGUCUUGAACACGCUCAAUGUUGCCGAUUCAAAGUUGACCCAACUUGCGAGCGAUAUCAUUGACCAGAGAGACAACAUCACGUUCACAGACAUCAUUUCACGCAUCGAUCAGAUGUACUACAACGUGGACAAUGGUGCUAGCGUCACUGCCUUGGCAGCCCAACUAGGCAAUACCAAUGUCAAUCCAGUGGUGGAAGCUGAGCUCAUGAUCGAACAAUCAAUCAGGGCAAAGAUGAAGGCCAAGUCCAGCUACCACCUCGGCAUGCUUCAUCUCCGACAGAACAAGGUGAUUGACGCCUUCAACUACUUCAACGAAUGUGCCAACUUCUACUUCCCUGCCGCAGUUGCCCUAUCCUUCUGUCACUCCAGUGGCAAUGGAACAAAUGUCAACGCAGAGCUGGCAUUCAAGUGGUGA